AUGGCUGAAAAAUUGGCACUUUUUCAUCCGUUUUCUAGAAGAUUACACAUAAUUUUGCUAUGUAUGGUCGGCUUCUUUUGCACGACUUUCAUGCGAAUCCAUUUCGCACUAACCAUGACUUGUAUGGUGAAUUCGACAGCGUUGGCUGUCAGAAAUGAGGCAGCGGCGGCGGCGGGAAAUUCAAAUUUCUCACUUGUUGAGGAGGGUACCCUAGUCUGGACCAGCUACGAGCAAAACCUAAUCUUCUCUGGAACAUUUUGGGGUUCUGUGAUCACUGCACUUCCUUCGAUGUUCCUUAUCGAGCGAUUUUCGUUGACUCGAGUUCUUCAAAUUGCAAUUGCUUACUAUACAAUUCUUACUGUAGCCACCCCAUUCUUGGCAACACAUUUUGGAUAUUUUGCAGUUUUUAUCGCUAGAAUUGCCAUGGGAUUAGGAGAGGGAUUCAUAGUGCCUUCUAACAAUGCAAUAAUCGGAAAUUGGUUUCCAAGUGCUGAAAAGAGUACAGCACUAUCGAUUUUUACACUUGGAAAUCAGAUUGCGUCGGCUGGUGGAAGUCCUGUGGUCGCUGCUCUUUGUGCAUCCGAUUUAGGGUGGCAGGCCACUUUUUAUUUCGCUGGAAUCCUUGCCACUAUUUGGUCCAUUAUCUGGUUCUUUACCGCUACCAGCCACCCAUCAGAAGCCAAAAUAAUGACAAAAAAAGAGAGAGAAUACCUAUUAACGAAUACAAUGAAGAAAAUCAAUAAUUCAAAGAAGUCUUCAUCAGUCCCAUAUGCCAAAAUCCUCACAUCGUCUGCAUUUUUAGCGCAAAUCCAGUGUAGUUUUAGUAUUACUCUGAUUAUGACACUUUUCCAACUUUAUCUUCCCUCCUAUUUUAAAGAGGUUCUGCAUCUUGGAGUUAUUGCCAAUGGCACAUAUUCUUCAAUUCCAAAUAUUUUUAAUAUGGUCACUAAGAUUGUUUGGGGUAUUGGAAUUGAUAAAUUAAAGGAGAUGAAGAUUCUGAGUAACACUGCAGCGGUGAAGGUUUCACAAGGAGCUGCUAGCUACGGUGGCGCCUUCACACUAUUCCUUCUCGCAUUCUUCGUUGACUGCUCCAACCCCACCACUGCUCUCGUGGUUCUAUGUGGAAUGUACGCUACACAAGGAACAUUUGUCAGUGGAUUCUACACUUCAUUGCUCAGUUUAGCACCACAGUAUACUGCAACAAUGUCUGCGAUUUCCAUGUUUUGUUCGUUGAUUGGAAGUUUGAUGACACCUGCGGUGGCGGGUUUGAUGAGGAAGGAGGGAACGCUCUCGGAAUGGAAGAACAUUUUCAUUAUCCUCGCACUACUUCAUAUACUUUCCGGCGCAAUUUUCAUCUUUUUUGGCUCUGGAGAUCUUCAAGAAUGGGCGAAAAUCGAAGAGAAUGAUGUGGAAUUGAAGGAAAAAGAGAAUUUGAGAGAAUCCGAAAGCGUCAAGGAAGAAGACGUGAUAAGGGAACGAUUUGAAAGUCUAGCCAGAAUUCGAGAAAACUCAAUUUGUAUAUAA